UAGGAGUGAUAGUGGGUGGGGCCAAGAGGAUGCCCCCUGGAGAUGGUGGCCUGGCGACUUUUCACCCUGGCUCUUAGCCUGUCAGAGAUCCACUCCUCCAAAAGAGGAGCCCUUAAGGCUGGUCCCCGGAAAGAGAGAGGAAGGUGAUUUCAGAUGCCCCCAGCCCCGCCUCUUCCCCUGUAUGCGGGCUUCCUCUCCAGAGAACACUUUCGCUUCCUGCUGCUCAGGCUCCCCUCGGAACAGGUAGGGCCCCCAGGGACCCAGCAUCUGGCUUCUGCAUCCACAGCUGCCUCCAUCCAACCCUGCCCAGCACCAGGCAUAUCUGGAUCUCCUCCCAAGAGUCCUGGAGGGGAAGGGCACCCGCCUUCCCCUCUCCACCUCUCUUCCCUGCUUAUCCCUGAGGUGUGCCUGCCCCCUCCCCCCCCUGAAGCUGCCAUUCAGCAGCUAAUUGAUUUAUAUAGCUGUUAAUUAUCUGGCUUGCAUACAACACCCUAACAGAAAUGGAACCUUCUCAAAAGGGCUAGCCCACUUCAUAAAAGGGCUAGCCCACUUACCAACCCUCCUCCUAGGCCAGUCACCUAAUGCUGGGCCCAAGCUGAAUAAUUCAGAUGGAAAGAUGGGGGGAUGGGGAUGGAGGGAUGAUGGAAAGAUGGAUGGAUGAAUGGUCUCUCUCCAGACUACCCUCCCUACUCCUGAGACUGCUGUGGGGGAAAUAUUCAAAAGGCUCACCCUGAGUUGAGAAUCCCUUACAGGGUUCCCUUCUUGGGUAUAGUUGGCGCAUGCCUGUGAUCCCAGCACAUGGGAAGUGGGGUGGGGAAGAUCAAGAGUAAGAGGCUAGCCUCUAUUACAAUACACAAGUAUGAGACAAGCCUGGGCUACAUGAGGCCCUGUCUCAAAAAGAAGAAAGAAAAAUUAAGGUUGGGCCAGGCACACACCUUUAAUCCCAGCACUCGGGAGGCAGAGGCAGACAGAGCUCUGUGAGUUCGAGGCCAGCCUGGUCUACAGAGUGAGUUCUAGGAUCUCCAGGGCUACACAGAGAAACUAUCUUGAAAAACAACAACAAAAAGUUAAGGUUUGACAGAUAAAUGGAUAGCUCAGAUGUGAGAUAAAUUAGAGCAAGAUUUUCACAGGAGAAUCCAGAUAUUGGGCGUAUGGCAGGCUCUAGAAUAUUCUUUCAACUUUUCUAUAUGUUUAGAAUUACUAUUAUUUUUUUUUCUAAUCAAGGCUGGGUAUGGUGGUGCACGCCUCUAAUCCCAGCACUCGGGAGGCAGAGGAAGGUGGAUCUCUGUGAGUCUGAGGCCAGCCUGGUCUAUAUAGAGACAGCCAGGGCUACAUAGUGAAACCCUAUUUCCAAAAAAGAAAAAACCAAACAAACCAAAAACUGAAUGUGGGGGAGGGUAUGCUAGGCCUCCUCUGAAGGCUGGAAAAGGAGGAAGUGUGUGUCACAUUGCAUCUGGAUAGAGUGCUCCGCUGUGAGCCAAGAAUUUUUUCUAGGCUCUGGGUUUAACUGUGGCGGUUAUCCAGAUCUCACGCACUUGUAUGGUUGCAAAUACCUCCAUGAAGAUCUUGGAAUAUCCCUUUCUGUUCUGUAAGUUCCUGUUGGGAAUGCUGCCCUCCACCCUCGAGAUACACAGGCCUUUCUCCUGGGGUCCCCAGAGUUGCCUGCCACCCAGCAACUAAAGAAUUGCAUUGCAUGGCCACCCCAGCCAGGCAUAGUGGCUCAGGCCUAUAAUCUCAAAGCUUGAAGUACAAAGAUUGCCAAGAGUUUGGGGCCAGCCUGGUCUACAGAGCUAGUUCUAGGGCAGCCGGGGCUUCACAAAGAACACAAACCCUGUCUUGAAAAACAAAACAAAGAUAGGCUUUUGGCAUAGCUGGGGAACCUCUGAGGUCCAUUCUGAUCAGGCAAGAUCUCUGAGCCAGAUAUAAUAGAAUUAAAUUAUUAGCCCUUGCCCUAGCUGGAGCAGCCUUGAGUCUUGUCUUCCUCCGAGCCAGAGGCCAGAGCAUGUCUCACUGGUGCCUGGCAACAUGAGGAUUGUCCAGCCAGAGGACAUGGUGUCUGCAGCCCCUACUGAAAGGGACAGGUGAGGAUACCCAAUGUCCUCAGGUCCAUCUUUGACCUUUUGUCCCUGGGCUAUCCCUGUCUCUUGGACCCCACGUCAAUGGCCAGAUUCUACUAUGACCCUUGACCUCCUGGAACCUGUACAUCCCAGGUUGGCUUGGCCACUAACAGAUGGAGCAGGCAAGAACUCACUUGGGGUCCUCAGUACCCCAGAGCCACUUCUUCGACUGCAGAGGACACAGAGGGUGUGGCAGGUCCCAGAGCUGGAUGCUCAGCAUGCCAAGGCCUUUUUGGAGCUGUGGCCACUGGGGAGCUUCCUGGUCAUAGGACAAGAUCCUAGCCAGGUCCUGAUGCUGAAGACAGGGCCUUCAUCAGGAGACGUCAACACCUAUCCAAUUCACAAGUUUGCUGGAGGUGUGUCCCUGGAAUCCUCCAACCUCUGCAUGCCAGACUUUCCCCAUCUCCUGGCCUUCCUGUCAGCCAGCAGGGACGUUUUGCCAAGGACACUGCUCUUGCCCACUCCACCUAAAGGGCCAGGAGACAAGGACACAGAUCCUGUGCGACUUGGCUGCAUCCAGGUCAACACCUCAGGGAGGGUGCUGUCUGUAGUGAACCAGCUCUACCUGGAGACGCAUGGAGGCUGGGGCACAGAGCAAGCUCCACAGCAAACAGAGCCAGAGACUGACCAGAAAUACAGUCCAGCCCCUAGGAAGCCCACCCCACAUCGGGUCUCCUGGGUGGAAGACCCACUGAAACCGGAAGUGCACCACACUGGACAGGAAGUGCAUCAUCCUGGACCAGACACUCACCACCUUGAAGUGGCCUUGUACCGUCCUGGAGCAGAAGUGUCCUUUCCUAGGCCUGCUCUAGUUAGUGUGGUGGAGGAGCAGGAGGAAGUGGGCAGUGACAAGUCCAGAGAUGAAGAGGAAGGCCGCGAGGACCUGCUCACUGACCAUAUCCGUGCUCUGGCCAGGGCCCGGAGCAGCUAUGUAGCCCGGCAGUACCGAUGCCUUCGGGCACGCCUCACCUCAAAUUCUGGAAAUCCCUACAGGCCCGGGGACCCGGCCACGGAGCUGCUUCAGGAUGUGCGCCAGCUCCUCACUGAUCUCCAGAAUUACCUGGCAAAGGACCCCGACGUCAGAGCUGUCUUUGGGAACAGGGAACCUAGGGUCCCUCGGGACGAAGAUCUUGGCUCCGCUGUGGAAGUGGCCCUCUGUCGGGCAGUUCUGGAGCCCCUGAAGCCGGCCCUGUGGACCAAACUCCGAACUCUCAGAGCCCAGGAACUGCGGCUGCUGCGCCGGCGCCAAAUAGUCUUGCGGGCGGGGGCAGGGCCCGAGGGACAGCACCCUGCCCCAGCCUUGCGCAGCCGGAUCCACGCGCGCCUCGCGCACCUGCACGCCGCGUGCGUCCCGCGCCGCAAGGUGGCGCUGCUGCUGGCGGUAUGCAGCGACGUCUACGCCGGCCUGGCCGGUGGCGAGAAUCGAGAGCCCCUAGGGGCCGACGCCUUUUUGCCGGCCCUGACCGAGGAGCUGAUCUGGAGUCCACACAUAGGGGAGACGCAGCUGGACGUGGAGUUUCUUAUGGAGCUCUUGGAUCCAGAGGAGCUGCGGGGAGAAGGUGAGCUCCCACCUCCAGUAUGCCCAGACACUGAGAAGGGGGGCACCCUCGCUGGCUAUUAUCUUACCACGUGGUUUGGGGCUCUUUAUCACAUUGCUCACUACCAGCCCGACUCUGGCCGUGCACCCCAGGGGCUCAGCUCAGAGGCCCGGGCCUCCCUGCGCCAGUGGCACCGAAGGCGGACGCUGCACCAGCAAGCCCUGCCCACAGCCCAGGCGAAGCUGCCCUUUGAGGAGCCAUGGGCAGUAGAGGACCAGUGAUGAUUGGAGUCCUCAAACCCCGGUCACUUCUGGGCUUUUGGCUCACUCCUCUGCUAAGCAAGAUGCUGGAGGCAUCUGGGACAGCCGGAGGGUGGGGCAGGGAAAGGGACGGGCUUAUUGCCUAACAGCUGUACACCCCUCCUUUCCUUCCUCCCCUCCUCUGGUCUGCCUCAAGGAGGCUCUCUCCAGCAAACACAACCCCCCAAAACAGUGCUAAAACUACAACCCUCUCACCUGAACCCCUUUGGGGCAGGUGAAAUAAAAGCACGGUCCCCCAAAGAUGUCUGCAUCUAUGACACUUCACCAGGUCAAGAGAUCUUUAUAAAAAUGAUAGCAUGUCUGGACCUAAAGUGGGAGCUUAUUCUGGAUUCUUCUGUGCCCUAAGUCGUUAAGAGGGUGGCAGAGGUAUGGGGAUGUCAUGAGCCUAUGCCCUCAGCUUCUCUGGAGAAUGGGGUGGGAGGAUUACUUGAGGCCAAGACCACGAGGACACUGUGGCAUUGAAACAUAUUAGAUGUUCAGGACAGUGGCAUUGAAAUAUAGUAGAGUUCAGGAAACAAUGGGAUAGGUUUUCCAUCAGCCUUGAAAACAGGAAUCUCUGUGACCCAUCAAUGUUACCUUAUUUGGCAUAAGUGUUUGUGCAGCCAUUAUUAUUAUUAUUAUAGUGUUUUGUUUUGUUUUUUGAAGACAGAGUUUCUCUGUGUGGCCCUAGCUGUCCUGAAACUCGCUCUGUAGCCCAGGCUGGCCUUGAACUCACAGAGAUCCGCCUGCCUCUGCCUCCCGAGGGCUGGGACUAAAGGCGUGCGCCACCCCCACAAACGAGCUUGUGCAGCACCAGCAAAGGCUUCUCCCCUCAGAGCUCCAGAAGUCAUGUGACCCAGAUGACACCCUGGUUUCUGGCUGAGAUAGUGAUGUCAGAACUCUGACCCCAGAACGAUGAGCAAAUAAAUUCCUGCUAUCUUAAGACACCAAGGUGAUAAUGGUAAUAAUACAUUUUUUAAAUGCAUUUCCUGGGGGGCUGGAGAGAUGACUCAGAGGUUAAGAGCACUGACUACUACUCUUCCAGAGGUCCUGAGUUCAAUUCCCAGCACCCACAUGGUGGCUCCCAACCACCUGUAAUGAGAUCUGGCGCCCUCUUCUGGCCUGCAAGGACACAUGCAGACAGAAUACUGUAUACCUAAUAAAUAAACCUUUUGUAAAAAAUU